UUCAUAAUGUGCUUCUUUCUAAAACCACAAGGAGAGACCUUCCACCUAAAACCAAACAUGACUUUUAAAUAAAGUUAUAAAAACGGGGACUGUGUACUACUGAGUCCAAAACGGAACAGAAGAUAAAGCUGGCUUUCCCUGGGAAUAAUUUGAACCGAACACAUGCUCGCACAGGCUGAUGCAAGUUGAAUGAGUGAUCUGUCAACUGAGUGAAGAAUAUUGUACGUCCCUUCUUUCUCGUUAUGUUUUGUCCAGUGUGAGGAAGAUGACAGAAUGUCAAGCAGACGGGGUAGAGAGUCCCAUGGUGCUUUAUGAGAAGCUGACAACACAAGGUGACAAAGUCCGGACCUUGAAAACAGCUAAAGCUGACAAAACAGAAAUUGAUGCUGCUAUUCAGUUGUUACUUAGAUUAAAAGUAGACUACAAACAGAUGACAGGUAAGGACUACAAAGCAGGAUGUCCACCUUCAGAAAAUGAUUUUGUCCAUGACAAUGGACCAGCAGCAAACACUGCUGAUGAGGACACAGUUAACCCUUGGAAUGUUUCCACCACCAGCGCUAAGGGAGUGGACUAUGACAAACUUAUAGUGAGAUUUGGAAGCAACAAGAUUGACAAGGAACUGGUGGACAGAAUAGAGUGUGUCUCAGGACAGAAACCACACCACUUCCUACGAAGAGGAAUCUUCUUCUCACACAGAGAUAUGCACCAGGUUCUGGAUGCGUAUGAGAAGCAAAAGUCAUUCUACCUUUACACUGGCAGAGGGCCGUCCUCAGAGGCCAUGCAUGUUGGACACCUUAUUCCUUUCAUCUUCACCAAGUGGCUGCAGGAUGUGUUUGACAUCCCUCUGGUGAUCCAAAUGACAGAUGAUGAGAAGUAUCUGUGGAAGGACCUAACUCUAGAAGAUUGUCACCGCUUUGCUGUUGAGAAUGCCAAAGACAUUAUUGCCUGUGGUUUUGAUGUCAACAAGACCUUCAUCUUCUCCGACCUUGAUUACAUGGGGUCAUCUCUGGAAUUCUAUAGGAAUGUUGUAAAGAUCCAGAAGCAUGUGACUUUCAAUCAAGUCAAAGGCAUUUUUGGCUUCACUGACAGCGAUUGCAUUGGAAAAAUCAGCUUCCCUGCCAUCCAGGCUGCCCCGUCCUUUAGUAGCUCUUUCCCACAGAUCUUCAGAGGCAGGAAGGAUGUCCAGUGUCUCAUCCCCUGCGCUAUAGACCAGGACCCCUACUUCAGGAUGACCCGUGAUGUGGCUCCUAGGAUCGGUCACCUCAAGCCGGCCCUGCUGCACUCUACCUUCUUUCCUGCCCUGCAGGGGGCUCAGACCAAGAUGAGUGCCAGUGAGCCCAACUCUUCUAUCUUCCUCACAGACACGCCCAAGCAAGUUAAAAACAAGGUAAAUAAGUAUGCCUUCUCGGGUGGAAAAGACACUGUGGAAGAACACAGGAAGUAUGGUGGUAACCCAGACGUAGAUGUUUCCUUCAUGUACCUGACCUUCUUCCUGGAAGACGAUGAAAAGCUGGAGAAGAUCAGACAGGACUAUGCCAGUGGAAAUCUGCUAACAGGCGAGCUGAAGAAGAUUUUGAUUGAGACUCUGCAGCCAAUGAUUGCUGAGCACCAAGAGAAACGCAAAAAAGUAACAGAUGAGACAGUCAAACAGUUUAUGACCCCCAGGCCUUUAAAGUUCAAUUUCUAGCCCAUCAACGCAUUUGAGCUGUCAAAAUUAAUCACAUUCGUAAAAUCAAUGCAAAUACUGUAUCAAUACUAAUCCAGCUUGUUUCCCCAUCCAGAAUUAUUGAUGUUUGAAUUUGGUAUGGAUGCAAUCUCCCCCCAGGAAUACAGCUUGCACUAGGACUUCAGGAAAAUGUAAAUGUUAAUAACGUCAUGUGCACCUCUGUGUAAAAACUAAGCCUGGCAUUGUACACACAUACAUGCAACAUGUUGCCAGAAACAUUCAUUUGACAAUGUGUCAAAUUGAACCUAAUGCAUAUGUUUGUAUCUAUGAAGUGUUGGUAAGUGAAUGACUGCUUCCAGAAUACAUGUGAACCCCAUUGGGCCCCAAAAUUGCCUCAGAGUUUAAUAAAUUAAGAUUCAUUGUGAAGGAAAUGUCUAAAUUCUUGAGAGAGAGAGAGCCCUCUUUUGCAUUUCCUGAGGUUUCUUCCUAUUUUUUCUCCCUGUUAAAGGGUUUUUUAGGGAGUUGUUCCUUAUCCGAUGUGAGGGUCUAAAGACAGAAUGGUGUGUUGCUGUAAAGCCCCUUGAGGCAAAUUUGUGAUAUUGGGCUAUACAAAUAAAACUGACAUG